AUGAAGACCCCUCCUUUUCUCUCCUCUCUCUCCCAGUUCCUCCUGGCGGAGCUGAACACUUUCUACCUGAAGUUCGUGCUGUGGAUGCCUCCGGAGCACUACCUGGUGCUGCUCCGCCUCGUCUUUUUCGUCAACGUAGGAGGAGUAGCCAUGAGGGAGAUCUACGACUUCAUGGAUGACCCCAAGUUCCAUAGGAAGCUGGGGCAGCAGGCGUGGCUGGUGGCGGCCAUCACAGUGACGGAGUUCCUCAUCGUGGUCAAAUACGACCCCAACACCAUCAUGCUGCCCAUCCCCUUCUUCAUCACGCAGUGCUGGUUCCUGGGGAUCCUCCUCAUCUUCACCUGGACCCUGUGGAGGUUUUUCUUCCG